UUCCCCCCCCCGCCUGUUCUUUCCCUUCCUCUGCAGAGUGGCGCCAUUCACUCUAACGAUCCUUUUGCUCGCGCCAGUGCGCUGUUUGAGCGCCGGGCCUGACUGAGUGUCUGACUGACUGGGCCCCUCUCGCCUGGCUCCGGCUCCACGCACGCGGCCUCCAGGCAGCCCGCGGGGGGCCCGCGGCCGUUUCCCGCAGGCGCUGCUCGAGCAGAGCGCGCGCGCGCUCGCGGGCCCUCAGGGAAGGCACCAACAGUCCAGGCGCCGGCCCCUGCGCCCCAGGGCCUCUGGCCGGCCGCCGCGCGGGCGGCAUGUCCGCGGCGAUGGCGCCCAGCGUCGUCUGGGGCACGUCCCCCGCGGCGGGCGCCGGGUACGGCGACAGCGCCUACGGAGGCGCCUACGCCCAGGACGCCUGUUGCGCGGUGUCCUGCCCGGGCGUGAGCUGCGGCACUGCUGGGGGCGCGGGCGGCGCCGGCGGCUUCACGACGCUGUCGUACGUCGGGCCCGGCUGCGGGGAGUACGCCCCCGAGACCACGUACAGGUACGUGGGCGCUGGAGCGGGUGAGUUCGGGAUGAUCCGGGUGCCGCGGGGCGGGCCCAACUUCUGCCUGUGCUGCAUCGGGCCGCUGUGCCUCAGCCUCCUGGCGCUCCCGCUGCUCUGGUGGCUCGUCGCCUCCGCGACCUCGACCACCACGACCACCACCACGACCACGACGGUGCCACCGAUCCUGACGACGCCGCCCCCGGAUGUGACCCGGCCGCCGACGCCGCCGCCAACCCCGGAGGAGGCUCCGCCUCCCCCGCCGCCCCCGCCGCCCCCGCCGCCGCCCCCGCCGCCGCCCCCGCCCCCUCCCCCGCCGCCGCCCCCUCCGACUUUAUCCCCAUUACACGAUCCCCAGAAGGUGGACAAGAAGGUGUUCUGCUGCCUCCAUGCUGGCAGGGGCUGCCCGACAACAGCGCCUCCGCCCCCCCCGCCCCCGCCGCCCCCGCCGCCCCCGCCGCCCCCGCCGCCCCCCACGGUGCCUCCGCCUCCGCCUUUUGUGCCACCCCCACCGCCGCCGCCGCCGCCUCCUACGACGCAGGAGAUGCAUAUGGAGACGAGGAUGGUUCCCGUGACUGUCAUGCCGACGGAGGCUCCCAUCACUGCGGUGGUCACGACCCCGGCACCAGGGACCACGUCGGAGCCGUACGACUGCGCGGCGGGCUUCGCGAACUGGGAGGCGGGAUGGUCGGACGACAAGAAGGCGUGGUGCUGCGACAACAAGGGACUCGGGUGCCCCCCGUCGGAGCCCUUCGACUGCAACGCUGGCUACUCGAACUGGGAGGCCGGGUGGUCUGCGGACAAGAAGGAGUGGUGCUGCGCGAACAAGCAGAUGGGCUGCGGCGCCCCCGUGUCGGAACCCUUCGACUGCGACGCCGGGUACAGCAACUGGGAGGCCGGAUGGUCCCCGGACAAGAAGGUGUGGUGCUGCGAGAAGAAGAACAUGGGGUGCGAGCACUGAGCUGCCCCCCAGCUCUGAGCGCUGAGCCGGACCCUGCUUCCCAAGGAAGCAAGGGCGCCGCCGGUGGCCGCCCAUGUCGCCUCGGAAGGCUGCCAGCGGGACCAGGACCGCGCGCUCGUCGCGGUCCUCCUUUUGUCUGGCAACCGGCGGGGACGAGCGCCGCCAGCGAGGAGCCGCGAGCCCGAGCGAGCCCCUUUCUGCAGGGGUCUGCGCGAUGGGCCCCCCCGGUGUGCGCGGCCGUUGCGUUGUGGGGCUGUUUCCACGGGGACUACGCUUUCAGCUCCCUGGUAUGCUCCUCGCUUGGUUUGUGUUUCUCUCGGCCUGGCUCGACGAUAUUCUGCCAGCCAAUGUGCAGACACUAUUUCUUGUUCGAUUAUAAUGCAUCGCACCUCUGCAGAUAACCAGUCUGUUGAGAAGGCGGUCCGUGCACGACCUUUGAUUUUGUCGAGGGCUCGAGCCCUAAUUGAC